CGAAGUCAUCGAGAGCGACGAUACCGGACCAUAAUUUCAAAUUGCAAAUCAUGUGCCAACUGCAUUUACUAUUUUAAAAUUAAUAACUCAAGAGACUAGAUUUCCAAUAAUUACAUUAACAAUGGGUGAACUAAGCGAUUUCCACAAAAAGGUGCAAAUGUAUCUUAUGAAGAAGAAUCAAGAAUUGGGAGAACUGAAACUGCUCACUGCAAACAUAACUACUGAGAAUAACUCUCACGUUGACGAUAUAUGCAAAUCAAUGAAGAACAUAUUCGUGAGCUACGAUAUACCUAUUGCAAAGAACAUUGCAAUAAAUAAUGAAAGAGGUAUUCAGGCGUACAAAUAUCUAUUAUUAAACACUAAUUUUGAGAGCCAAGGACGGUUAGCCGAAGAUAUCGCCAAUGGACAUUUAGUCGACAUGUGUCCACCUCUGUCUCCAUUCUUAUUUGUGCAAAUAUUAUGGAGCCUAGAAUAUGAAAAGAUUUUAGUCGAAUCCCUCUUAUAUCUACCGUUCGAUUUAUGUACAGAGAUACUGCAACACGUCACGAAGCAUAUAAAUAAAUUAUCCUACGAAAGACUAAACGAAAUUAUGUACCAAUUGAUAUUUUAUGUACAUAUCAAGCUCUACCAGCUGAAAGAAUUCGGUAUACAAUCCGCGAAGAUUGAAGAUAGUAUUAAAAACUUGUUGCUCGGCUCCGAGGAAUUUCUAUUAUUAUUAAAAGAUUCGAAAUUGUGCUGCCUGACAAAGGUUUCAAAUUUGACGAAAUUCGAACGAUCUGGUAUUUUACUAAAGAAGUUACUUGUCGUGACUAAGAAGUGUUUUCAAAUAAAAGACAACGGCAUUCCAAUUUCCAAAGAUCUCGAGAAACUUUAUAGCGUCACCUUCGGACGUGAGUCGUUUGUAAAAUGCGAAGAUGCACCAAUGCAAAAUGCAAUAUCCGAGCUAAAUGGGCAAUUAAUUGAAUUAUUAUUGACUAAAGUGAAGGAAGUCGAUUGCAACGUUUAUUUAGCCUGGGCAGAAAUAUACGAUCAGAAUAAUGUCAUGAUUACAAUGCAACGUUCUAUUGGCAUUGAAUCUUAUUAUUUUAUAGAUUUCAUUUCGAAAGAUCAAGUAUUAUCGAGAGCCGCUCAUGAAUUAACAGAGUGCCUACAGUUCUUGUCUUCUAAACCCUAUCCGACGCAGCCGAGUUUUGUUUUAAGCAUAAAAGAACUGUGCGAUGCAUUAGGAAGCGGUAGGAACGAGCUAAUGGAAGAGCUCUUAACAAGAUACAAAGAAUGGGAUCGUACAACAAUAGAAUUCCUCGACACCAAUAAAACGUUGCUAGAUAGUAAAGGCUGUUCAAUUCUGUUAGAAUAUCUUAUUUUUAUUCUUCGGCAAACGACGAUAAACUCGGACGACAAGGAGUACUGUUACCACACAGUGAUGAACAUAUUGUCGUAUCAAAGUAUGUCGGAUCUAUACCAAAUCGUGAUGCUGUAUUUAAUGAAGUACAAUGGUAAAAAUUACUUGGGGACCCCCGAAACGUGCGAAAAAUUCCUCAAAUAUAUCAGAUGUAACGCGAAUGUACGAAAUGGCAGCGUUUUAAAGAUGGUCCUGCUGUUCAUUUUGAAAGAUCUCAAGGGGAUAUUAACUAUACUUCUGAAGAUAGCCAUCGGUCGUUUGGAGUACAAACACAUCAUGAUCGCUCCUCUCGAUAUACUAUUAUUAUCAUCGUUCCUUCAAAUAAGGGAUGGCAAUAAUGAAAUGCUCGUAACGUCCAUCUUAAGAACCAUCGUUACAGAGAAUAGAGAAUGGAUUUCAAAAAGAUUCACGGACUUGAUGAUCGUUCUGUUAGAAAAUUCCGUGUUGCAACUGCACGAAUUGGUGAACAAUGUUAUCAUAGCAUAUUUGUUGGAAAACACCUUGAUCAUAUCGAACAUGAACACUGUUCUUAAUUUGAUGCGCAUGUUUCAUGUUAAACACACCAAAGAUUUGUAUACUAAAGAUUUAGUAACUGCUCUCGCCUGGAGGAUGUCUUCCAUUCGAAAGAAUUUAAGCAUUUCGAAAUUUGCCAGCAGCCAUAUACUGCUUCUCAUAACGAAAAUAGUGGACAAAAUUAAAGGUGAAAUCGUUCCCCUUUCGAUUAAGGAAAGUAUGGUCAACAGAUUGGAAUUAGUCAUGGAACCGGCGGACAGACCGCAUUUCACACCCUUCUGGCAAUUACGAAAUAUACCUUGCAAUAAAGGCGUAAGAUUUGUCAUAGAGGACUACGAGAGACGUUGUUUUUGCGUGUUGAACAGAUUGAAAGAGGAUCCGAAGACCCCGGAAAAGUUGCGACAGUCUCUGAUGAACUUCAAUUUACUGAGGGAAGACUUCUUCCAUCAUCUGAUCAUUCGCGCGACCGAGGAAGAAUAUGUUAUGUUUUUCACCGAUCUUGUUUUAACUUAUUACUCGCUUUUCAAUUGGAGCAACGAGGUCGAGGCAUAUUGUAAUAUCACGCGUUUAACGAUAGAAGCGUGCUGCUUGUAUCUGGAAUUUCCAAGUAUCGGUGCAAAGGACACGUUUCCGUUUUUGAUCAAGAAUUUUACUCAUUACUGCAAGCUGUUCAUGACCCUCAGACGAAUUUCCAAUUACGAAAACGUAUACGACACGAUAUACGACAAUUUAAUUCUAAACAUGAAUCUGCUCAACGAAAGCGUCAAAUAUAGCAGCUACGAUUGGUUCUUCGCCGAGUGUCUCCUAGUCUCGACUGAAAAUCGCACAGAAGACCAGACGACAAGAUUGUUAGGGCACAAAUUGGCCACUUUGGAACAAUUCGGUGAUCAAUGUCAUGAUUCGGGUAUCGAACCGUAUAUAGAAUCGGAUAGGCCGACGCCGAGAAAGAUGAUCAAUUUUUACGUAGCCCACGAAGUAAUUUCUGCUUGUUUAAACGUAUCUGCGAUCGAUUCCAAUCAAUGUUUGGAAAAACUGAACAUGAUAUUUUCUACAAGAUAAAUAAUUCGAACAAUCAAAGUCGUUUAAAAAAAUCGAACGAUCUCUUAUCCCGAUAUCUGUAUAUUCUUUUGUACAUGAAAUAAACGAGUUAUUACAUUUUUUGUUACGUUUGAUCAGAAAAUUGGUUUAACUUUAUGACUACGUAUCCUUAUCGUUCGUGUAGAAUUAUGCAAUCUUUCAGGUGUAAUUAAAAUUC